CUUUUGUCCUUCAUUUAUUGCUUGAACUUAUAAGCCUCUCUCACUCUUCUACUAUAUACACAGUGAGAAUCUUUCCCUCCCCUCUCUCUAUCUCUCUUAAAUGUUGGAUGAAGAAAAGGGUAUCAAAAAAUUUCCAUUUUGAUAAGUGGGGUUCAGAUCGUCUGUGAAUUUUAAUUGUUGGGUUAUCUUUGUCUUUGAAGCUUACUCUCAGAAAGUUUUGGUGCGUUUAUGGGAGAUAGAGACGAGUUAGCUGGCAUUGAUCCCUGAUUUCACACAAAUGUUGCUAGUUGAACAGAAUGUGUGUCUAAUUGCCUCUACUGCGAUAGAUAAAUGUUAAAAUAGCCUUGUUUCUGCUUCAAUAAAGAUGGGGUUUGACAAAGAAGGUUCAAAAAAUGGAGCCGGUUAUGUUGGUGGUUUCUUUCAUCUCUUUGACUGGACUGCAAAAUCGCGGAAAAAGUUGUUCUCAAACAAGUUGGAUUUACCAGAGCAAUCAAAGCAGGGAAAGAAAAGUGAUGAGAACUUGCCAACAACUCGGCUAUCAUUGGUAGAUGAAGAUGAAACUGGAGUAGGGACAAGCUUCAAAUGCAGUAGUGAGUACAGUGGUGCUUCAUCAGUUACGGAUGAAGACGGAUAUGGAAGUAGAGCUCCUAGUGUAGUAGCCAGGCUAAUGGGGUUGGACUCUUUGCCUACUUCCAAUUUUCAAGAGCCCUACUCUACACCGUAUUUUGAUACUCAGUCUCUUCAAGAUGCUCAUUACCACAGAAGAAAUUUUGAAUAUUACCAGGACAAUCAGAUGAUGUUUUCUGGAAACAUGCUUAGAAAGGAUGAUGGCAAAAAUUCCAGGGAUUUAGUUGAGUCGAAUCCCAAGAAGACACCAAGCAGGCCAAUUGAGAAGUUCCAAACUGAAGUUUUACCCCGUAAAUCUGCUAAGUCAAUUCCAGUUACGCAUCAUAAACUUUUGUCUCCUAUCAAGAGUCCUGGGUUUGUUUCAAGUAAUAAUAUGGCUCACAUAAUGGAAGCUGCAGCAAAAAUUAUUGGACCUCAAGCUACCACCAAAGCCAAAAUGCCACUGAUAGGAUCUUCUUCCAUACCCUUGAAGGUUCACGCUCUUAAAGAAAAGGUGGAGGCCACACAAAAAGUUCCUUUUCUUGGUUCUUCAUCGGCAACCAUGAAAGUACAAAACCUAAAACAGAAAGUGGAAGCUGCCCAUAGAACAUCCAGGCUUGCUGAAGUAUCUCAAAGGCCAGUUGAGUCAAAUGCUGCCAAGUAUCUUAAGGGACAAUCCAUGAACAAGAGCUGGAAUGGAACUGUUGAUACUUCUUUCAAGAUGUCCUCUGAUAAAGAAGAAGGUUCUUCUGGCCUAAAGAAUAAAGGAAAGUCUAUUUCACUUGCUAUACAAGCAAAGGUCAACGUUCAGAAAAGAGAAGGUCUCAACUUAAAUAGCUCUAGGAAUGAAGUGCCCCCGAGACAACAGAGUGAGCACAAGUCAAGUCCCACCUUUCGAAGCCAACAGAAUACUCAAAAGAAUUUGAAUAAGAAAUCUUCUUCACAAAAUCCUUCAAGUGUUCUAAGGCAAAAUAAUCAGAAACAGAACUGUCUAAUUGAUAAAGACAAUUCACUUUCAAAGCCACUGGUUUCAAACUCACAGGGUAGGAAACUACUGUCCCGCGAUUCUUAUUCUGUGCAUCAAAAAGGAUCGAGUAGAAGUAGUGGGAGCUCAAAAUUAGGAUCCAGGAAGUCAAGCUUGACAGUAGAAGGUGAAAAGGAACUUCCUUAUUCUAACAAUAGAAAUGUCCCUCGAAAGAAAAGGUCAAUAGAUGGGGACCUUCAUUUCAAUAAAAAUCAGAUUGAUGACAAAAGUUUGAAUGCCAAAAACCAGAAGCCAGUAAAAUCCAAUUCUGCCACUGAUGGUUGCCACAAUUGGGCAGAAGAUAGCCGAAGGAAGGGCAUGGAUGUUGUUUCUUUUACAUUCACUGCCCCACUUACAAGAACAGUGCCUGGUUCUGAGAUCUCUGGUCAGCUUGGACAGAGAAAAAAUAGUUAUUCUGGGGACCAUCAAGUUAAAAGGAUGUUGCUUGAUUCAGAGAAUAUGAAAUUAUCUUCGUUGGGAUACAAUGUCAUAGGAGGUGAUGCUUUGAGUAUGCUUUUGGAAGAAAAGUUAAGGGAGCUAACUUUUGGACUCGAGUCUUCUAGCCGUGACUCUGUCAAGGGAGUGUCAGUUUCAAGUUCUGGGUCACAUUUAGAAAAUGAGAUAUCAACACCAAAGAUAAAUGAGCAAAAGGAUCAACAGUUAUUGGUCGAUGACAAAUUUGGUGGCCAAUUUGACUUUCAAUUUUCAACCAGUCGUCCUCCUAUGUCUAGUUUUAAACCGAAAUUUCAGGGGGAUGGUGAGAUGGAUGAUUAUAGAAGCAAUCACUUAGAACCUGGGAAGUUGCACAAUGGCCGCCGGCAUCCUAGUCCUGUGACUCCAGUCUCUAUCCUGGAAUCUUCAUUUUCAAAUGAAAGUUGCAACUCUUCGAUUACUACAGAUAGUAAUAGUACAGAAGUAUUUUCAGGGAGCAAGCUGUGCUCAUCUGUUCAAGCUCAAGAAGCUAGUAGUUUGAGUUUUUUGAAGAAGUUCCACCCACUAGAAGCUGAUACGGAGCUGUCAGAUUCAGCCUCUUCUACCUCAACUGGUAGUUUAACCAAAAAGCGUGCAGCCACAUUGAUCAUGACAGAUCUUUCGAAAACAACAGAGUGGGAACUAGAAUAUGUGAGGAAGAUAUUGUGUAACAUAGAGUCAAUGUUUAAUGACUUUGCGAUGGGCCGUUCGCGUGAUCUUAUUAACCCUCGUCUAUUCAAUGUUUUGGAGAAUAGAAAAGGACCAUUGGACCGUGAUGGUUGUGAGUCUAAGAUGAGAAGGAAGGUGUUGUUCGAUUGUGUUGGUGAAUGCUUGGACUUGAGAUACAGGUGUUGUUUGGGCGGAGGAUACAGAAUGUGGGUGAAAGGAGUGGGAAUGGUGAGAAGAAAGGAAUGGCUGGCUGAAGAAGUAUACAAGGAAAUUUCAGGUUGGGAAAGCAUGGGAGAUUCAAUGGUAGAUGAGCUUGUGGACAAGGACAUGAGCAGCCAAUAUGGAAGGUGGCUAGACUUUGAAGUUGACGAAUUUGAAUUGGCAGUGGAGGUUGAAGCUCAAAUAUGUGAUUCAUUGAUUGAUGAAAUAGUUGCUGAUAUGUUACAAUUUUAGUGCCUUGGUUAUUUGCUAUUCUUAUUCCAACAAGCGUAGGCUCAUUUUGCUCUCUUGCGGAUCUUGUAAGUUUUGGAUUCUUGAUUUGUAAUUCUGAGUUAUUAAUGAUCUUUGUGAUUAAAUU